UGGAUGACAGCAGGGAGCAGUGGUGGAGAUGCUGUAGCUCACACUGCCGCUAGAAGACCAACGCCGUGGUCCCACCUCAGCAGAGCUCCGGAGCGCAGCCCGUGGAAGAGGAACAAUUUGUUUCUUGUGUGAACCGAUGAGUGGGGCUUUGCGUAUUUUCCCCGCGCUGGAUCCAGACCCCCGGCUUUGUGUGUGUGUGUGUGUGUGUGUGUGGACGUGUGGGGCGCAUCAGCGGACAGGAGGAACAGUCUCUCCCCUCCGAGCCGGAAUGAGACGCAGCAAUGACAGAGCAGCAGUCGCGCGCUGCAGCGGCGAAAUAGAGCAACUAUUGUGACAGGAGAUUGAUAACACACAACUGGGCCGAGCAAACAGCGAGCGACAGAUGUGAUCUUCGAAAAACGUCGCAGCUGGUUUGGUGCCAGUGACGUUGCUGGAUGGGUCAUAAUUGCAUUUUGCACCCCCCCACCCCCCUCAUUUCAUCAUCCACUGCUCGCAGCGUCUCCACAUGACUUGAGGGUCUCGGGCGGCUGUCUGUGAGGGAGUCGUACUGCUGCAGAGACCAGCACAACAGCGGGGAACUGCCAUGUGUCGUUGCGCGACAUAGAAGCUCUUUGUGGGCUGUUCUGCACCGGGGGACAGGUGGUGCCGCGCGCGUGUGUGUGUGUGUGAGUGUGCGCAUGUGUGUGUGUGUUGAAAGUAGCAGGGGGCACGGACACACAACCCCCCCCACACCCCCCUGAGACAGUUGUCCUGGGGAUGUCAGGCCGGCGCGCUGGAUCAGUUUUUGCCAGAGACAGGUGCGACAGGGAGGAGUAGUUUACAAAGCCCUGCGCAGGAUCUGGCAGCGCACUAACGAGCCCGCGCUCUCCUCUGAUCACUCUCGGAUUUUUGUUGUUGUUGUUGUUGUUGUUUUUGUUGUUGCCAGUGGGACACACACAAUUGACUCGCUCACAGUUCGGCUGCACCUCUCAACCCUCCAGGACAACCAGAGAGACUCCAGUGCUGUUAAUAUGGCAACCAUGGCCCCUCCCUCCUUCUUCCUGCUUUGUUGGCUCCUCCGAAUGGCCAGCUCGGCGUUCCCAGAGGAACCGGGGCCCCUGAACUUCAUCCCCACCGAAGUGGCGAGAAGAUACCCGGUGUUUCUGGGCCGACCCCACCGGACGUGGCUGAGACAAGAGCCGCUGCACAUCCAGAGGAUCCUGCAAGUCAAUCGGACGCUCUACAUCGGAGCCAGGGAUGACCUUUUCCGUGUGGAGUUGGACAUUGUCGCAGGAGAUGAGAUGUUCUACAAUAAGAAAAGAACAUGGGAGUCCAACAAGAAUGACAUCAGGAUCUGCAGGAUGAAGGGCAAACAUGAGGAUGAAUGCCGUAACUUCAUGAAGGUGCUGCUCAGUAGACAAGGAGGCCUGUUUGUGUGCGGGACCAAUGCCUUCAACCCGCUCUGUGCCAACUAUACCGGAGACACUCUGGAGAUGGUUGGAGACACAGUCAGUGGGAUGGCGAGAUGCCCUUACGACCCCAAACAUGCCAGCGUAGCUCUGUUUGCAGAGAGGAAUCUGUUUACAGCUACAGUGACUGACUUCCUGGCCAUUGAUGCAGUGAUCUAUCGUAGCCUUGGGGACAGUCCAGCUCUGCGCACCGUCAAGCAUGACUCCAAGUGGUUCAGAGAGCCAUAUUUUGUCAAUGCUGUGGAGUGGGGACCUCACAUCUACUUCUUCUUCAGAGAGAUAGCCAUGGAGUUCAAUUACCUGGAAAAGGUGAUGGUGUCGCGUGUGGCCCGGGUGUGCAAACGGGACCAGGGCGGGUCUCAGCGCGUUCUGGAGAAGCAGUGGACGUCGUUCAUAAAGGCUCGUCUGAACUGCUCCGUCCCCGGUGAUUCCCACUUCUACUUUAACCUGCUCCAAUCCACCAGUCCCGUCAUCAGGAUGCACGGCAGGGACAUCAUCCUGGGCGUGUUCUCCACACCAUCUAACAGUAUCCCGGGUUCGGCGGUGUGUGCCUUUGACAUGGAGCAGCUGGCGUCGGUGUUCGAUGGGAGGUUCAAGGAGCAGAAAUCACCCGAGUCUAUUUGGACGCCUGUUCCAGAUGAAGUCAUCCCGAAGCCAAGACCCGGUGGCUGUGCCGUUCAAGGAUCCAGAUUCAAUUCGUCCAACUCUUUCCCAGAUGACAUGCUCAACUUCGUCAAGACCCACCCGCUGAUGGAUGAAGCUGUGCCAUCACUCGGGCAAAGACCCUGGAUAGUCAGGACUAUGGUCAGGUACCAGCUGAAUAAGAUUGUGUUGGAUGUAGAAGCAGGGCCGCACAGAAACAGAACCGUCAUGUUCCUCGGGUCGAGCAGAGGGUCCAUCCUCAAGUUCCUCAUCAUGCCCAACCAGGACAACACCAUCACCAACAGCAACAUCUUCCUGGAGGAGCUGGAGGGAUUCAACCCUGAUAAGUGUGCUGAAGACUCUCCUCUGGCCCGGCAGCUCUUGUCUCUGACUCUGGACCGGGCGAGCCACAGUCUCCUCCUUGCCUUCCCCUCCUGUGUGGUCAGAGUGCCGGUGGCGCGAUGCCAGCUCUACUCCCGGUGCAUGAAGAACUGCAUCGCCUCUAGAGAUCCUUACUGUGGCUGGACUAGAGGAAGCACCUGCUCCUUCCUCAGACCUGGGACCAGACUGCCGUUCGAGCAAGAUGUCGAACAGGGGAACGUGGCCCACUUGGGUGACUGUGACGGGAUGCUGCUCCAGGAGAGUUUCAUCGAGGAGCCUGACGGCCUGGUGUCUGUGAACCUGCUGGUGGUGUCUGCAGUUUCAGCCUUUGCAACAGGAGCCGUCCUCUCUGGCCUCACCGUCUGCUGGAUAAUGAGUCAUCGCCACCGCCACUCCCGCAGCUCUGGAGCUAACGGCGCCCGCCGCAAAAGUGACAAAGAGCAGAGCAUGCUGGGACAGGGGCGCAGCGGCUCUGUAAUGAGCGUAACGCGAACCAGCGGCGGAGAGAGGCGGCGGUCGCAGGCAGACAACCCCUUUGUCACGCCCAACGGCUGGCCUAAAGGAGAGAUGGAUCCGGGAUUGUUGCCGACCCCGGAGCAGACUCCACUGCAGCAGAAACGGGGCAUGCAUCUUCCGGACACUGACUGGGACCAGAGCCAGACCUUCCUUACCGCUGUGGGGACGCCCUGCCCCAAUAACUCUGUCAUCUACCUGAGCUCCAAGUACCUGCACGGAGGUGGAGGGGGUGGAGGGAUGGUUCGGAUAGAGGACACAGGGGAAGUUGUGCUGCCCCUGCACACAGAGCGCCAGCGCUACCUGAUCUUAGCCACCCAGAGAGGGGAACACGGUGGCAGCCGUCCCAGUGGCACCCUGAGGAACUCAGCAGGGGAAUAUAUCUACCCCGCCACGCCACAGGACUCCCCCGACAGACGGAGGGUGGUUUCCGCUCCCACGCCCCACAUGGACUAUGGGGAGCCCCGUUGGAGUCACGAGGUGCUCAACUACAACAGCAACAAUGGGGCGCCCUAUCACGCUCAGCGCCAGGGCCUCAUCAGGCCAGACAUGCAUGGGCCUCGAGGGCUGGGGGAACUGGCUGACUUCAGCCAUCUUCUAGUGAAGAACAUGGGAGAGCGUGCCCCUAGUGGCCAGUGAGGUGAAGUGUCAGAGCCCUGACACCAAACUCUCUCUGAACGCUCAUUCCCUCCAACAGUAAACUGGAAGAAGUCAACCCCUCAGACUCACUGUCCCAGGUCCAACCUUUCCCUGUCUGUCCUCUCUCACUGUCAUUCAAUGUUCAAUGACGUCAUUCAGCCGACUGAAGAGAGAGACGGAGAGAACAGAAACAGAGAGAGUUGAAAAGAGGAGAACGCUCUCCCUCACGUCUCCGUUCGUCUGCUCUUAAUCUGAGGCGCACCCCUCUACUCUGUUUGUGGAAUGGCCAAGAGAGUGUGACUUUGACACCACAGGACAAACAGUGCGGCACAGAGAGGGGUGUAAAAGGAAGGGGAAUCUUCUAAAAAAGACUGUUUGGAGAUUUAAAUAAGAAGACAAUUUCGCUUGUAGCGCCAAAUGUGAAAGAUCUCCCUCCACCAUUUUGUUCACUGUUUUGACGCCAUGGAUCUUCUUUGGGUGUGAAAUUUUUGUUUCUGCCUCUUUUUUUUUCUGUGCCAGUGGGCAUCCAGCAGAAAACAAUGUGCUUUACUCUGGAUUUCAAAUGAGACAGACACUGUUGUAGCCGUGCCAGAAGGCAGUGACUCUCAAUGAAUCCUGCAGUGUGUGCGUCUGUGUGUGAAUCUGACUGUGUGAAUGUGUGCGGUCACGACAACCCCAACCAGUGUCCUGUCCAAACUGUGAAGAAUAACUAUAUAUUGAAGUUUCUGUAAACAAUCACAGAGAGAUAAAUGUAUUUUAUUAUGUGUCUCUGGAUGUGUUAACCAAUCAGACGGGUGGGUUGCUGAAGGGUUGAGUAAUUUUUUUGUGAUUCCCAGUACCUCAUGAGCAGCACUGGACAGAGCCAUGAUGAAUUGAAAGAGAGCAAUAAUGAGCAAGAAACAUAUACGGAUGAAGAUAAAGCCAAUUUAAUUUGAUAUUUUUUUAUGAUACUAGUUUUCUCAGCAAAGCAAGCUAAAGCGUAGAGACGUCAGGAAGAGCAGGGCGCUGGGGAAAGGAACAAUAUCUCCGCUCCAUUCUUCUCUCCCUCGCUCCCUCUCAGUAUGCCUGGGUCUGUCUGACCUGACCUGAGGCCUCCCUGGGCUCUACAGCCCAUUUGAAAAGGGGGGAAUGUGAGCUGUGGCUGUCUGGCUGUCUGACUGAGGCUCUGAGGCUCGGCCGCUUGGGACCUACAUUCAGCCUCUUCUGCCCGACACUGAGCCUCUUUGUGCCCCAGAAGCAUGAGGAGACUGCGGCAACAAAUAGCCGUUAAGAGUCAGAGACCUAGCCCAGAACCACAGCCUAGCAGAAUAUCAAUGAAGAGGACAGCGGCUCCAUCCGUCAUGUGAGAUGUACCGACCGGGCCCGGGCAUCUCUUAAUGCUUCACCCAGUUGCCAGGAUAGGGAGGAGCUGAGGGCUGGAGCGGGGGCUGAGGCCAGGGUUGGGGCACUGCUAACGGUCACAAUGGUCAUCCCUUGUGGUUUUAUCCCUUUCUGUCAUUCAGUGUGUUUCCCAACAAAAGCGGGAUAAAGAACACAGAUGGGCAUGGGUAUACUUGGGUGUGGAGUUACUCUUUCUCUCCGUUGUCUUUUGAUGUUUUCUGUUUUAUGUCCGUUCUCAUCCGUUCUUGAUUCAGAUGUAGAUCCAGAGAUAGUUUUAGUUCAUCUGGGUCACAGUGGUUGUUUUGUGUGUCUGCGUGCGUGUGUGAGUCUCUUAGGGCUUGUAUCCACGAAUGUGUUGCUCAUAUUGAGUGUGAAAAAACCUGCUUUGAUCAAAUUUAUUGUCAUCCUCACCCUCCUUCUUUUCUCCGUUGAGUCACUUUUUUGUGUUGUGCAGCAGCUCUUUGCUUGACAUUCACAAAUCUGUGAUAACAGUGUCACAGCCUGGGAUCAGUAAACGCUAUACAAAAUACUCAAACCAUCACACAGUGCACAAAGAUGUGCAGAUAAGACAGAGGUUAUGGGCUGUGCUUUGUUGAAGGGACAGAUGGCAGAUACCAACAUUAUAAAUUAUUAAGUACAAAAGCUAGGGCUGAGAGUUUUUCUGAAACUAAUGCCAAUAUGAUAUGACGCCUUUGAGAGCAAACAUAUGUUUCCACAAAACCCUGUUUUUCAUUUAAAGCAAGUCUGCGUUGCUUUGUAUUUUGUUUUUGGCUUUCGGCUCUGGUUUACUGACCUGUCAUGAAACAUUCACUCUCACAGAUCUUAUCAGGGUCGUUUUUGGCCUCAUCAGGCAGCUGUUUUCAACAAUAAUGCUUCAAUGAUCAACGCUACCUGGCAGCAGCAACAGACAGUCAAAGUCAGUGACUAGCUAGUGGACAUACUUGAACAUUUAGCAGCUAAAAAUGCAGAUCCAGAAGUUGGUAGAGACCAAAAAUGGAGCUAAAAGGAGAGUGAAUAUGAGACCUCCAUAAUUAGGUGAACACACGACUUCAAAUGAAUGAUAUUGUUGAGAAACAGCCGUAUGCCAACACAUUAGCCUCAUGGUUCUAAAAUGUCUUCAUAUCUUUUUUUCGCUGCCCCCAAGUGGCCAAAAGUCUGUUAAUGUGCAUUUCAUGUAGAAAUAUGAAGGCUGGGUAUCAUUUGAAAUGUUUAAAUUCUAAGGCCGAUAUGAUUAGGAACAAUACAUUUAUCAAUACCUUGUGUUGAGAAAAGUGUUUCGCCAAAAUACUUUUUAACGCAAGGAGCCAAAGCAAUGGAGCGUUACACACUGUCUUAAACGCAGUGUAAAUUCAACCAUGAUUAGAUGUAAAUCAAGAACUGGCCAAUCCAACACAAAGUUAACAAGAUUGUAAUUCCGACCAGACAUUUGACACCGGCUGACAUUUUGCAUUUUGCUUUUGAUACCCAGCCCUAAAAGGUAGGCAGCAGAGAGUGUGAGGUGCAGCAGUGAAAGAGAUUUAUGAAGGCAAGGACAGAGGAGGAGGUCAGGCAGGCGAGCACGAUGCUAUUGCAUUACCGCCUCUCCACAUUAGAAUUGUGUAUUCUUUACACAUUCUACCCCGAAACAGGUCAUUAGUAUUGAGGAUAGUGGGCUUUCCACCAGCCCGGCGCCUCAUCUCUGUCUCUCUUUAUCUCUCUCCCUGUCUACCCGUCUCUGCCAUGGCCUGCGUUAUCUGUGUGUGUGUAUGUGUGUGUGAAUGAGGCCUCUCUGUCUCGGCCGGUGUGCGCAGCCAGCCGUGUCCUCGCUCUGCAUCUCCUACGGUGUUUCACUAAACAUGCUUGAUUAGGCAAAGUACAUUCCCGGCCCUCUAAUGGCCUGAUGAGCCCCUAAGAAGAUUACUACAGACACAUCAGCCCUGAGAGGGAGGUGCACGUUCAACCAGCUCUUACCCCUCCACUAACCACCAACCACACACACAUGCAUGCAUGCGUACACACACACACACACACACACACACACACACACACACACACACACUUUGCAGGGCCCUUUUACCAAAUACGGGACGCAAUUGAAUUAAGAUCAGAAAUAAAAACUCACGCUUGAACUGGCCCGACACUGGCUGGUUCUAGGAAAGGUACAGUACACGAUGCUAUCUUACUGACUGCGUAAUUUGAUUACCUUAGUUCGACAUUAUGGGGCAUCUAAAGAAUUCAGAUGUAACCACAUGCAGGUCAUUUCUGUUUAUUAAAGCCAUCAUCCUCCCUCUUCUUUUUACUUACUUCAUGUCAUUCCAGUUCCUCCUUUUUACAACAGCUGCACUUUGUCCUCUUCCUCCGCUUGCCCUUUUAUUCUUAACAGACUCAGACUUUCUCUCUGCACACACACACACACUAUAUCCCUUUCAUCCUGUUUAUCACUUUUAAAGGUUAGCUGGUUAAUUUACUGAGCUGGUGACAUAAGCAGAAAUCAAAGUAAUUCACAAAAAACUGCUUUAUUUCACAUCACAUCUUUUGUUAGACAUUUUCAAAGCCGCUCUCAUGGUAAAUUGCUUUCCUUUGCUUUUUUUUUUUUGUCCCCUGCCUCUGCACACACACACACACACACACAUUAAAUUCCCACCCACCCCUCAUGACCCAGCCUAUGUGUGUGUAUUGUUAUGUUUGUGUCUGAAGAGACCAUGCCUUCGUGUGUUGGGGUUGUUUAUGCCGUGUGGCCCAGUGAUGCGAUGCCCCCCCCCACAGCCAAUAACUGCCAUCUCGCCCCGCAGUGCUCCGCUGUACUGUACUGUAUGUGCUCUAUGCCCUAGAGAGAGUCCAGAAACGGAGCCUGACUUAUAUUAAACCCACCAUCCAUUGCAGCGAGGAGCAGUGACAUGACACUGCUCCUCUCCAAGUCAACAUCCAAGCGAAAAAAGCACAAAAAAAUCUGAAAACAAAAUCAACAUUUGCAUUUUUGUAAAAUUGUAGAUCUAUUUAGUCCGCACUGAUCAUCUUUGUCAUGUUUGUUUUUCUAUGGUUUGUUUCUGUGGUAGAUAUUUUGUUUGAAAUUAUAUGGGAUAUUAUUGUAUAUGAUUUCAAUUUCAAUUCUCUGGUGUGCUGGAUUUGAUGACAUCAUUGAAGAUGAACCUGAUGACUAUCAUGAUUGCUGUUGUGUUGACAGUGACAAUGAAGCAGUACUGUGAGCAGCGCUGAGCUCUUGUGUUUGGACGCUGAAUCUAAGGUUUAUAAAGAGACUUCUCUCCCGUAGAGUGGAGUCUCCUGCUACUGUGAAGGACCCCGCUGCCCUACAGCUCUGGCCAGAGUCUGGCCCGCCGUCGGCCCGGGUACCUCGGGGCACAGUGUCAUCAGAUGACAACACAUGUUCCUACUACGUGUACAUAACCUUGAUGCUUACAUGUAAUUAAAGUGCCGUAGCUGCAUGACGACACAGCCUCUGUGUGUGUACAGAAGUAGCGACGUGUGAAUUUGUACAGUACAUGCAAUUGUGUGUGCUUGUGUCCGCAAAGAAAAUCUGUUUGUCGUCACGCGAAGAGCAACAUGUGCAUGCACCCUCCGACAACUGCACAAAGCACACAUACAUUAGACACAUACACAAACACACUCCAGCAGUUGUUCUCCAUUCUCCACGUUGUCCUGAGCUCUGCCUGUCACUCCGCAUGGAGACUUUGCUCUAUGUCAACUUUCUUAUUCUAAUAAACCACUCAGACAUUGAGGUCUGCUCAUUGA